AGCAGGGAGAGAGAGAGAGAGGUAGAACUCAAGAGAGAGCCAACAAACAACAACAAAAAAAAAAAACAGAAAAAUUUAAAAAAAAAUCAAAAUUGAAACCGAAUAGAGGAGAAGUUCCCGCGCCAUGGUGAAGCAGCUACAACAGCAGGACGAUCCCGUGGAGAAGACCAAGUCUCUGAUCUCUGCUCUCAACUACGUUUCUCGCGACCUUCUCUUGCCUUCUCACCUUUACGAUUCCGUUUCCUCCAUCUACCAUGCCUCCCUCUCCGAUCCCUCUCCUCCGCCUCCUCCUAACAAUUCUUUUACUCCCAGAGGUAAUGGUGGUGAUUUGAUGAGUGAGUUCGAAGAUGCACUUUUGGAGCAGCGACGAAAGUGUGAAUCAGGCUCUCGACUGGCUGAAUUAAAGGAAACUCGGUAUAAGAGUCGUAUCCAGAAUCGAUUAUCUCAACUUGAAGGAUUACCUUCCACUAGAGGUGAAGAUUUGCAGGAAAAAUGCUUACUUGAGCUUUAUGGCCUUAAGCUACGAGAACUACAAUGCAAGGUUAGGUCGGAGGUGGGCGCUGAGUACUGGCUGCGUUUGAAUUGUGCACAUCCUGAAAGCCAACUAUAUGACUGGGGCAUGAUGCGGUUGCCUCGCCGAAUGUAUGGGGUUGGAGACCCUUUUGCUAUGGAAGCUGAUGAUCAGUUCAGAAACAAGCGUGAUGCCGAGAGGUUACUGCGGUUAGAAGAAGAGGAAAAGAAUCUGAUUGAAACGACACAAAGGAAAUUCUUUGCAGAAGUACUCAACGCUGUUCGUGAAUUCCAGUUGCAAAUUCAGGCGUCUCAGAGACGGUGUAAGCAAAGAAAUGAUUUUGUCCAGGGCUGGCAUGGAAAACAAAAGCUACGUGCUACCCGAGCAGAAAAACUGCGGAUAAUGGCGCUUAAAUCUGAUGAUCAAGAGGAAUACAUGAAACUAGCAAAGGAGAGUAAGAACGAAAAACUAACCCUUUUUCUAGAGGAGACAAACAAAAUCUUUGUUAGUUUGGGAGCUGCAGUCCAGCGUCAGAAAGAUGCCAAACUUUCAGAAGGCAUUAAACUACUGAAAGGCUCAGAAUCCGACUUAUCUGAAAUUGAUGCUCCCGAGGAUGUGCUUCCUGACCAAGAUAUUGAGAUCAUCGAGUCUGACAAUAAUGAUGAUUCUAAUGACUUACUAGAAGGCGAGAGGCAGUAUAACUUGGCUAUCCAUACAAUACAAGAGAAGGUGACGAAGCAGCCAUCGCUUCUACAAGGUGGGGAACUAAGAUCCUACCAAUUAGAAGGGCUUCAAUGGAUGGUCUCUCUAUACAACAACGACUAUAAUGGAAUUUUAGCUGAUGAAAUGGGUUUAGGAAAGACUAUCCAAACAAUUGCACUGAUUGCGUAUCUUCUUGAGAGUAAAGAUGUGCAUGGGCCUCAUCUAAUAGUGGCUCCAAAAGCUGUGCUACCAAACUGGGAAAAUGAGUUUGCAACAUGGGCACCCAGCAUUUCCGCUUUUCUGUAUGAUGGAUCGAAAGAGAAAAGAAUUGAAAUACGAGCAAGAAUAUCAGGAGGAAAAUUUAACGUGUUGAUAACCCACUACGAUCUUAUCAUGAGAGAUAAAGCAUUCUUGAAGAAAAUUAACUGGAAUUACAUGAUUGUUGAUGAAGGACAUCGGCUGAAGAACCAUGAAUGUGCUCUCGCAAAGACUCUAGGAACAGGCUAUAAUAUUAAGCGCAGGCUUCUAUUAACUGGGACGCCCAUACAGAACAGUCUGCAAGAACUAUGGUCGCUGCUUAAUUUUCUUCUUCCUCACAUCUUUAACUCGAUUCAGAAUUUCGAAGAAUGGUUUAAUACUCCUUUCGCAGAACGUGGUACUGCUAGUCUUACAGAUGAAGAGGAGCUGUUGAUUAUUAAUCGUCUGCAUCAUGUCAUAAGGCCGUUUCUACUGAGAAGGAAAAAAAGUGAAGUUGAGAAAUUCCUUCCCGGAAAGACACAAGUCAUACUGAAGUGUGAUAUGUCGGCUUGGCAAAAAUUGUAUUACAAACAAGUUACAGAUGUAGGCAGGGUUGGUCUUAACUCUGGCAACGGGAAAUCAAAGAGUCUACAGAAUCUGACAAUGCAAUUAAGAAAGUGUUGUAACCAUCCGUACCUAUUCGUUGGAGGAGAUUAUAAUAUGUGGAAGAAGCCUGAGAUUGUGAGAGCUUCAGGAAAAUUCGAGCUACUUGAUCGCCUCCUUCCAAAACUGAAGAAGGCUGGACACAGAAUUCUUCUCUUCUCCCAAAUGACUCGUCUCAUCGACCUUCUCGAAAUUUACUUGACACUCAAUGACUACAUGUACCUCAGACUCGACGGUACUACAAAGACAGACCAAAGAGGAGCUUUACUGAAGCAAUUCAAUGAACCGGACUCUCCCUACUUCAUGUUUCUUCUGAGCACACGUGCCGGUGGCCUUGGUUUGAACUUACAAACUGCAGACACUAUUAUUAUAUUUGACAGUGAUUGGAAUCCACAAAUGGACCAGCAGGCAGAGGAUCGUGCCCAUCGGAUAGGGCAGAAAAAGGAAGUGAGAGUGUUUGUGUUGGUUAGCAUUGGCUCCAUUGAAGAAGUAAUAUUGGAGCGUGCAAAGCAAAAGAUGGGCAUCGAUGCCAAAGUCAUACAAGCAGGGCUCUUCAACACAACUUCUACUGCUCAAGACAGGAGAGAGAUGCUGGAACAGAUCAUGAGCAAAGGAACGAGCUCACUGGGGGAAGAUGUGCCAAGUGAGAGAGAGAUUAACCGGCUGGCAGCUCGAACCGAGGAUGAGUUUUGGAUGUUUGAACAGAUGGACGAGGAAAGACGCAAAAAAGAGAACUAUAAUACACGUCUCAUGGAAGAGAAGGAAGUUCCCGAGUGGGCUUACACUUCAGAGACUCAAGAAGACAAGACUAACGAUUCGAAAAACCAUUUUGGUAGUGUAACGGGUAAACGGAAACGAAAAGAAGCAGUGUACAGCGACUCUUUAAGCGAGUUGCAGUGGAUGAAAGCGAUGGAGAGUGAAGAAGAAGAUACUUCGAAAGUAUCUAAGAGACGAAAGAAAAGGGAAACAAAGACACCAAUGAGUAAUGGGGCAAAGGUAGAAGCAGAGUCGAGCGGAAGCGAAGAGGGAAAAGAAGAAGAAAGAAAGGAGGAGAGUGGGAAAGAGAGUGAAGAAGAAAAUGAGAAGAAGCCAUUAUUCAGUUGGAAAACUUAUAAGAAGAAAAGGACAAGAUUUAUCUAGCUGUUAAAAGUAGCUCAAACGCAACUAAACCCAAACUGAAGAGAAUAAUGAAUGUUUCUUUCUACGCUUAUUAGGCAAUAAGCCAAUUUUCUGAUAAUUCUGUCUGUGUCUGUAUUUUUCUUUUAUUCAAACCUUUGGCAUAAAUAUGUAGAGCUUUUCUAUAGAAUUCAGAGCUUAAAUAGAUGAGAUGGGGAAAUUGGUAGAGCGA